CGCCCGAGUCGCCAAUGUGACCUGCGACGAGCGCGGCUGCCCGGCGGGCCCCUCUCCGCGCCUCGACUGCCCCGGCGCCCUCCUCGCCCGCCCCGAGUCCGCAGGCAGCAAGAGGGAGCCGGCCAGGACAGAAAAAUGACCACCUUCCCAUCUGUGGGUGUUCUACUCCUCUUUGUGGUUGGCUAUGGAUCUUCUGAGAACUCCAGCACUUCCAGAGGUUGCGGACUGGAUCUCCUUCCUCAGUACGUCUACCUCUGUGAUUUGGACGCCAUCUGGGGGAUUGUGGUGGAGGCGGUGGCUGGGGCGGGCGUGUUGACAACGCUGCUCCUGAUGCUGAUUUUGCUGGUGAGGUUGCCGUUCAUCAAAGACAAAGAGAAGAAGAGUCCCCUGGGAGUGCAUUUCCUUUUCCUUUUGGGCAGCUUGGGCCUCUUCGGCUUGGCAUUCGCCUUCAUCAUCGAGGAAGACGAGACCAUCUGCUCAGUCCGCCGGUUCCUGUGGGGGGUUCUCUUUGCGCUCUGCUUCUCAUGCUUGCUCGCCCAAGCCUGGAGGCUUCGGAGACUUGUCCGGCAUGGCAAAAGCCCAUCAGGGUGGCAGCUGGCCGGCAUCGCCAUCUGCCUCGCCCUGGUCCAAGUCAUCAUCGCGACAGAAUGGUUGAUUCUGACUGUUGUGAGGGACGGCAAGCUGGCCUGCCGCUAUGAGCCGAUGGAUUUCGCCAUGGCUUCCAUCUAUGUGAUGGUGCUGAUGGUGGUGGCCCUGGGCUUCUCUUUCUUCACAGUCUGUGGAAAGUUUAAGAAGUGGAAGAAGAACGGAGGGUGCCUCAUUAUCACCAGCUUUUUCUCCAUCCUCAUUUGGGUGGCUUGGCUGACUAUGUACCUGUAUGGUAAUCAGGAAUUGAGGAGAAGAGACCAGUGGCGGGACCCUACGCUUGCGAUCGCGCUGGUGUCCAGCGGUUGGGUGUUUGUGAUCUUUCACGCCAUCCCAGAGGUUCACUGCUCCAUCCUCCCCUCCCAGCAAGAAAACACUCCUAAUUAUUUUGAUACGUCACAGCCACGCAUGCGCGAGACUGUUUUUGAGGAUGACCUGCAGCUUCCUCGAAGUUACAUGGAAAAUAAAGCCUUUUCAAUGGACGAGCAUAAUGCAGCUUUACGAACUGCUGGAUUUCGCAAUGGCAGCUUGGGAAGCCGUCCUAGCGCCCCCUUUCGAAGCAAUGUCUACCAGCCCACUGAGAUGGCAGUCGUUCUGAACGGUGGGACUAUACCAACUGCUCCACCAAGUUACACUGGAAGACACCUAUGGUGAAUCAAACAAAGCUGAUAGGCUGUAGAGGAGGAGAGAGAAUCCAUUCACAGAUUUUAUUCCCUGGAAGUUUGUGUGUCUUUCUGAGGGAGAGGAGCCAAUAAUGCUAGCAAAAGGACCCGAGAGUGCAGAAAAACCAUCUGGGAGCCUGGGAGGUCCCAUAUCUGAUAGCUUGUUUAAAAUAAAAUAAAAUGUGAGCAUUGUUAAAUUGAUAAGCUAAUCACAGAAACAAAACCUCUGCAGUGAAAUAUAAGAUGAAACUAAUUUAAAAAUAGAAGUAGGCACACUCUUAAAAAAAUGGGAGGGGGGGGGAGAAAGCAGAUGUGGGUUCUAAAAAUGGCAAGAGCACUCCAAGUCAGAGCUGGUGUGCAAGGCAAGUCUGGGGCUUUGCUCGGCUGCCUAUCACUGUGCAAAGAACAGAAUAAAAGAAAAGAAAUGCCCUUAAUCCAGAUUGCCACAUGAGAUUGUUUCAUCUUUUGAAAAUAAGCCGAGGUCACGGCAAAAAUCACGUCAGUGCAUGGUUCAUCUCGAAUCGGCUUUUUAAGCUCCAUCAUGGAACCUUUUAAUGCUAAGUUCCUGCACAAAGCAAAGACACUGGUGGCUUGCCUUCACACCGAGUAAACCCAUUGGGUUCCUAAAGGGAGACUUGCAAGGGAAGGGGAAAUGAAGGGAUCUCACGAGAUGCUUUCAGUUGAGGUUGGCCAAUUUGUACUGCCUUCUUUUUAAUAAGAACAGCCCUCGAUGGUCUUUAGCCGCGACUGCUGGCCAAUGAGGCACCACAAGGAGUUGCCUAGCAGGCACGCGUGCAGAUGGGGUGGCCAAUUUCGCAUGGCUUCCUUUGCACGCACGGCAAUGCCAAAGCUGCUCGUAAGAGCGGUGGCGCUUACUGUUGAGUUGCGAUGCGGGCAAAGUGAAAUGGUGCAGACCAAGACGAGGAAGAUCUUGGGCAUGCUCAAGCCAUGGAGAACGGCACAGCUGAGCUAUCCCGAGUCUCUUUCCCCAGCCUGAGUUAAAGAAAAUGUACGGCACAUUUCACAGAAAUUAUUGUCCUCUUCACCUCAUGGAUUGUAGGAGGAAGGAGUCUCUUGGAAAGCUGAGGUGCUUCUUGGCAGGGGAGACUUGCAACGUUUGAGCUCUCUUCCUCGCUCCAACCCUCUCCUUCCCAGUUGAACAGUGAAACCUCACUGAUUAAAGCAAUGGCUUGUGCAUUUUCUUGGGUGCUCUUUCGUGGAGCAUGGUUUUUAAUAAUUAUUUUCACAUGGGUUUUGGAAAAGCAGGACCCCCCCACCUCAGAGUUCUCAUCUUUCUGCUGCCUUCUCAUAUUUCUAUGAUUUUAAGGAUGUUCGGCAAAGCCUUCCUUCAUUGUUUAGCAUUGAAUGCAUAUCGGGCAUGUGAAGCGCUAUUACAUCCUCUGUGCUGGGCAGCAUCAGAUCAUGCUCUCCUUUCCUAGACACUAAAAUCCAUUGACGUUUGCUUCCGUGUGCGUGUUUUUUAAAUACAUACAUGAGGUUACAAAGUAUGUCAAAGAAUGAAAUUCUUUUGCAUUGUUCUAAUCAAUAUAUUCUAUUUUCAAACGGGAAAUAAAAAUUGGUAUGAACAAAUAAAACUGCAUAACCUGGGGCCUUUUGCUGUGCUAUGCAGGGGAAGGAUAACUGAUUUUGUUUGGGGAAAUUUCUCUGAUUCUUUACGUACCUGACUUUUUUUUUUUUUUUGCUUUGUUUUCCUAAACCUAAUGAUUUUGCCUAGUUCUCAUUGACACAACCAGCCUGUUGUCUGGGUGGUAUCUUUUCGGAUUGCAUCAGGGGACUCACCCUUACAUGCAAUAUUCUUGAACACAGAAAAGCAGCAUGUCAAGGAACAGUAUACUAGCCUAACUUCUGCCUUGACAUGCUAGGUUUUUAUAUUCAAGGAUCUGGUGCUUAAGAAUCGAAGUGGAGGUGGGGUUGGUAGACUGGAAUGCUCUGCCCUAUCAGACAGAGUGUGAACCUCUGGCCCCUAAGUAGCAUCUGGGAGGCGGCAACAAUGGGGACACAGUGUUCUUUGGAUUCCCUUAUGCAAGGCUGGAAACAAUUCCAACUGGAGCUGGGAAUUGAUGUUUGGGUUCCCCUGCUUGCAGCUGACAUGGGAAAAAGUCCACCAGCUACUUUCCAGGGUCAGAAUAAGAAGACAAGGGGAAAAGCAGUGUUUGGGGGGCUGGGAAGAGAGAAUCGUUGGGUUGCCCAGGUAGGACAUAUUCUGGCGGUACCUGAGCUUCCUUUCCUCCUUGUCCACAGCAUCAUGGCUAAAUAGCUGAAAUUGGCUGUCAAAAUGAACAAGAGAGCAUGGAGGUAAUGAUCACUUCCAUGACCCUCUCACCCUGCCUAGGAUACCCAUGACCCCAUUCAUGGGCUUGCAGGCAUCUCCAAGGGAUUGUGCCCUUCUGCUGUACCUCUUGGAUCUGGCCUUGGUUGCUCAUGGCUUGAAGAGUGUUGGGAAGCUUCCAGGCAUUCCAAAUCUAGCAGCAGCUUCUUGUGCAUCUUGUUUGUUGGGUGGAAGAGCACAGGUAGGUAUGAAAGACAGAAAGUAUGUCUGUCCCAGGCGGAAUCCCUGGACUCCCCCUUUCAAAAGGGUCAAGUUGCCCGAGUACUACUACCAGUCACUGUUGAGAAUAUUGGGCUAGUCGGACAAUAGUUAAAUCUAGAAUAAGGCAGCUUCCGUGUUCAUUUCUGAACAUAAUUCAUGGUGCUGUUGAUUUGUUUUAAAGCUCUAAAUAGAUUAGGGCCAGAAGAUGUUAAGGCUAAGUGGGGACUUGGACCUGGAUCUCCUGACUCCCAUUCAAGCGCUCUUAAUUACUAGGCCCCAGAUCCUAAAACGAGUCACUGUGAAGUAACACUGCCCAGACACAAUGCUACCAUCACCUCAAAGAGAACUAGGCCUUCAUUUCUGCAAAUAACUUUAUUGGCCACAGCUGGUCUGAUUGGUAACCAAACUGGUACAGGUUCUGGCUGAAUGUGAUAAACCCUUCUGUGUUGUUGCUUAAAAAAAUAUAUGCAUUGCCAUUACUGCCAUGGUCAUCUUAGCAAGUUUCUUUUUAAGGUGUGAGUAGGUAAUAGCAAUAUUUUUUCCUGUUGUGCAUGGUCAAAUGAAGAUGGCUACUUUCAUGCGAGAUGACCCUGUUCUUGAGAAAAGAACCACAUGGAUGCAUUAGGAAAAAUUAUAAAUAUUAAUCUGACUUGAACUGAUGGGAGACAUUGAUAACCUAAAAAUAGAGGGAGGUGGGUAUUGCAUGCUGCCCAGUAUUCUUGAGACUCCUGCUUAAGCCCUUGAACCAAAUAUAGUGCUGUCUUUUUCAACGCAAUCAAGUAGGGUGGUUCUCCCCAGGAAAUGUACUAUUUUGCCAUUACAUAAAAAAAUAUAGUUAGUGCUUUCCUGUGUGCGCGCAUGUGUGAUUUUUUAAAAGGCAGACAUGCUUUUGAAAGUGGGUUUCUGAAAUCAUUUCGCUACAGAAUGCGUAAGAUGAUAAUGGCAUAAAUGGCAGGAAGCCAUUUUCCAGCUGAGUUUUUGGAUCCUUUACUACAGGGGUGCAGAACCUCAAGUCCAGGGUUUGAACUGGACCUCCUAGGGUUUCCCAGAAUGCCCAGGGCUCUUCCUCUGACCCCACCCCCUUCCCUCCAACCACCAAUCAUUCGGUGGUUUCCUGACUUUAUUCAUUUUCCCCCAUUCUAAUAGGCUGGCGUGCCUCUGUGCAGGCAGGAAGACAUGUUAAAGCUGAAUAAGACUUGGCUUGAAAUUAUUUUGGCCCUGUCCUUUUUGCUGGUGGCUCGCCCACCUACAAGAGCAUCUCUAACAUGAAGUUGAACCCUUGGGCUAAAGAGGCUCUGCACUCAUUUGGGAGUGGGCGGGGGUUAACUUGGGAGUGACUUUUUUUUAAGGCAGUUGUCAGAAAUGUAUUAAGAUGUUCAAUUUUUAUUUUUCUUUUAGACAAGAAGGGAUUUAGCAAUCCUGCUCCCCAUUAAGUCAAUGGCAGUUUGGGAUCUUAAAGACAGGGCUGGAUCCUGCAAACACAGGACUUCCCUUAACCACUCAUGUGAAACCGGCCCAUGCUUCGUAGCGGUGGGCGGUGUGCCAGUUAAACAAUAAAAAGGGAUUGAUUCAUUUCUCCAGCAACUUAAUUUUUCAAAUGAAUUUACCUUUUUCUUUUGUGUGUGCGCGUGCGUGUGUGUAUGUGGUCAAUCUGUGCUUUGUGAUUUCCAAUGCCAUGGCUGCCGCCCCCAAUCAUGUUUUCUCUGCGGUUUUAAAAAGGCACUUUUGUGUUAAGUUAUAUAUAUAUUUGUCAAUGUCACAAAGUUGUUUAUACUUUUGCCUUUUGAUGAGAGUAAUUAGGAAUGUAGAGUAUCUGGUGAGGAGCAAUGUAACUGCAACAGUAAGCACAAGUUUUUCAGGAUAUGGAUCCACUGUUACUCUGGGAGGCAUAAAAGCUACUAUGUUCUUUGUAUCAUUGCCGAUGAAUAAUGAUGCCACUCAAACCGGAAGAAAAAACCCCCCAGCGAUUCAAUACUCUAGGGGCUGUAGUCCAUCGCUACAAUAAGGUUCUUCUGAGAUGAGCCAGGUGUUUCCCUCCAGGUGACCUGGAAAAGAGACACCCUGAGCUAUGGUUCUUAUCCACUCCGCGCCGCGCUUGUGCGAAGCUUGUUUGUCCACUUUCGAUCGAGCUUGUUUUAGCAGUGUUACUUCUGGAGCACAUCCACUGAUUCUUCGCCACUCGCGCUCGCUGACAGCGGGUAGCCAAGCCCACAGGGUGCUGAGGUGAGCUGGGUGCGCUAGCUACAUUCCAGUAAACCCAGAGCGUGCUCAAGCCCUGCUCCCCUGCGCCGUGCCGUCUCCUUGAUGGUCUGUAACGGGCACCUGUUUGCCUCGACAGAGUGACUCCAGCAGGCGCACCUGGCUUCCCCCCCUUGGGAAGCAGGGCUGCCCGCUCGAAGCCCAACAGGUGUUUUUCAGGACUGAAGCCAUCAGCCCCAAGCCGUAGAGAAGUGCAGGGAGCACACCACCCGUCUUCCAUUCUGCAUAAAACGUACUACCCAUAGCACGGGUUCUGCCCCAUGCAAGGUCCCUUUGGGAAGGUGGAUCCAGGAGUGGAACUUGCAGGAUUGUGGCAAAGACUGUCUGGGGUCCAGAAGCUCCGGCAAUCAGUCUUCGCGUGGGACUGCCUCUCCCAGUGGGUUGACCACCUUGCAGGAUGCAGCUCGAGCACUUUGCAUUCCGAUUCGAAAUGUAUCUGCUUUGGCAGAGCAGACAUCCUGCUUGGCUAACUCUAUUUUUGAAGCCACCAUUCUAACCAAAGCCUGUACAACCGGAAACAUAUGUAGCUUUUAUUUAAAAACAAAACAGCAACAUGAACAGAUUGGACUACGCUACCAUCUUACCAGAUUACACAGCAGGUGCUUUUUAUUAACUGAUGAGAGCCAAGCCUCUCUCUUUUUUUAAAUAAUAUAUAUUUAUUAAAUGUAUUAAUGUGUGUUUUUAUAAUGUGCCCCUUCCCCUACCCCCCUGGCUGACUGUUGCAUACCGUUUAAUCUUGUACAUCUUUUGAAGGCUUUUCAAGACAAUCAAUGUGUACCAUAAUAACUGUACAUAGAAAGGAAAUUAAAACGAAAACAAAAACCAAGUUGUAAAGCAUGGGCAAAAAUACAUUUUAUUUUCAAAAUCCUGUUCUUAACAAAACAAAAAUAAAAUAAAGGCUUUACUAUUUA